AACCAAAAACCGCACACAAAGCAAACACAAUGAAGUAUUUACAGCUGUUGCUGACGCUGACACUAACGUUGCCAUUGCUAACACACACAUAUCCUGCUGCCGAGGAAAAAUCUCUACCCCUGGACGACGUUGGGGUUGUGGAUAACGACGAAGCUGCCAGUGCCAAAGAUUCACAAUUGCAAAAGCGUUCGGGCAGCACUGAUUAUGCGUUACAUUUGAAAUCCGGUUUACUGUCCGGUCUGGGGCAUGCCUCUGCCUCGAUAGCAUCCAGCAGUUCGGGUGGUAGCAGUGGCGGUGGUUAUGCUUAUAAACCCCAUGGAGAUGGACAUCAUAUACAUGGCCACGUUGAAUUCGAUCCAUGGUCUUUGAAAAAGUCUGUCUUGAACACCAUAUUCCAGGCGGUGAAGGCGAUUACCGGCGGUGUGACAGCCCUCAAGGGUCAACUGAUUAAGGGCAGUGGUUAUGCUCUCAGUGCCAGUGGCAAUUUGGUUGCUGCAUCCGGUGACAAGGUUACCGACGUUGGCAAGUACAUUAUUAAUUCGGCACAAUCGAAACUGCAUCCCAUACCCAGCGGCCAUGGCGGCAGCAGCCACGGCGGUGGUGGUGGUGUCUUUGCUAAAUUCGCCUCCCUCUCCGGUGCUUCGUCAGGUGGCAGCAGUAGUAGCGGCGGCAAGCCAUCAGGAGGCGGUCAUGUCGUGCACACUGAGAGCAUAACCUCAUACGAGAUUCCAAGUGGCCACACCAGUUAUGGUCCACCAUCAAAACCACCAACUUACAGCAGUGCCACACAUCAAUAUCUGCCACCAUCGGGCGGCGGUUAUGGCGGUGGUCAUGUCGCAUUCGAAGAGCCAUCCAGUAAUUACUUGCCAACAGCCUAUGGACCAGAUGCAACACAUCAUCACAACCAUUAUGUGGCAGCACCACCUACCGGUCAGGAAUUCAAUAUUUAUGGUCGUCAUCAGAAGCUGAGCGAUGAAGAGGCACGCAAAGCUGCUGUGCAAUUGCAAGAGAUUUUGAAUAUGUUGCCCGAUGGGAAAACAGAAUACACCGCCUCAAAGACGGUAGCUUUGGAUACAUCGAAUUUUAAUACCGGCUAUGGAAGUUAUGGUCAAACCGGUUCUGGAGAUCAAGUUGAUUUAAAUUCUCUUGGCUUGCCAACUAAUUUGGGUCAAUUGGAAUCUCUUUCUCAUACCGAGUCCAUAACGGCUGCAUAUGCUGCUGAUAUUUAUCAUCAAAUGCAAAAACAAAAAAAUCUCAGUCCCGAGGAAAAGUAUUUACAAAAGCACCCUCAAGAGGGAUAUGACUACAAACCAGCAAGUAGUCAAAAUUCAGGUGGUUACACCUACAAUGCUCCGAAUGGGGGAAAUUCUCCAAAAGAUGCUUUGCAAGAUUUAACGCCCAUUAUUGCAGCCUUAGAAGUGGCUAAACGUCAAAAUCCUGCCCAAUCGACCGUUUCCUAUGCUGUGGAAAAGAAUGUUCACAAAAUUCCACCACCACCAAAUAAGGGAUCGCCCUUCAUUCCCCCGGCUGUUAAGAAAACCAAAUACAUUUACUACCCACCUACACCAUCCAGAUAUCAGGAAUUCCACACCAACGAAUACAAUAAGCCUGCCUACAAUGGUCCCUAUAAAGUUCGACGACAUAUUCCAGAUGCACAGAUGAUGACACGUCGCAAACGCAAGGCACCAUUGUUCAGGGCUCAUGAUUAUGGAAAUGAGGAACAUUUGAUGUACAAUCCCAUAAUGGGAGAAUUUUAA